GAAUACUGUCACCUGUCAUUUUAAUAUUUCAUUGGCCUAGAUCGUGAUUUUGAUAUAGUUUUGGAUGAUAACUCAGGCCUGAUUUUGCUUAAUCAAUGCAUUUUAUUCUUUCUGAGACAGACUCUGUCCUUAAAGAGCUGGAGGGCCUGCUCAGUGACGCAAGUGUUGCUGAUUCCACCCCUGAGAUAAGCUCUCAAACAGCCGCCAGUGACUGGAAACUGAGGAACACUGCCUCAUCUGAGAGGUGGAAGGAAGCCAGACCUCAGCUUUUAGACAAUAUGCUGAGACAAAACUGCAUAAAACCACGGCUCUGUCAAAGAUGCCAGAAGACAGAAUCCAUAAUUAGAUGUGCUGAAUGUAUGCCUAUGCAAUACUACUGUAGUGAUUGUGAUGUAAUUUACCACGAGUCCAAAGCACUACACAAUCGGACAUCUAGGAUCAAUGGCUUCCACAUGCCUCUUCCCCCAACAGUUGUGGUGAUGAGCGAUGCAGAGGGCAAUUAUUCACAUCAAACAUGCGUUAGAAUAUUACCAAUGGAAUUACCACAGCAAAUCUGUAGUUGUCCUGCAGAGAGGACGACUGUAAUCCCUGGUCGGUCUGUGGUGUUUGUCAACAUGAAAGGGCGGUAUGAUCUGUCCCUUCCAGAGCUGCACUGUGGAGGCUGCUCUGCAAGCUGGACACCAGCAUUACAUGAUGUUCAGAUAAGUGGCUACUGGCCUGCUUCUAUUCAUUUCUGCACACUAUUUGAUGUGGCAGUUUUUCGUGGCUUCAAGGAAAUGAAGUUGGCAGCACCAAGUAAUUCUCGCCUGACUUAUAUAAGAAUGCUAGAAGCUCAAACAAGAGAAAGUGGCAGGACUGGUAAAGUGUGCUCUGACACUUUCUACAAGAGCUUCAUGGAGUGGGUGAUUGUCUCUGACAUGGUGGACAGGUUGUGUUUGGAGGAGCCAUUUACCUGUCCAGCCUGUACUCCACAAAUGUUAGCUGUGUCUGUGGAUGGAAACCGGAAGCCUUACCGCUUCAGAAAGGAUGCACACUCUGAUGGAAAGGGUUACUUUGAUGGUGUGCUUCUCUGUCGAGAUGAUGAGGUAGCAGCGUUUGUGGAAGACAUACAAAAGAGGGCAAAGCAUGUACCAGGAAAAGGGGUCUGUGGCAAAUCUCUACUGAAAGCAGCCAAAGAGACCUCAAACAAGAGAAAUAGCUCCAACCUUGAUGAGCAGGGUCUAGAAGUAGCUGUUUGCCGUCAUGGCAUUAUUCUCCGUGCCUUGAAUAUGUACAGGGGUGAAAUCUUCGCCUACCCAAUGUUUCUUCAAAAGGAGGUGGCAGCCAUGAAUUCGCCAGUCUUCUUUUGUAUGGAUGUUGUCUGUAAAUACUGGCCAUAUAUCACAAGAAUAUCUGAAAUCUGCCCAGAGUACAAUCAACUCACCACAAUGAAGCCCUUGCUGUCUGUGCUCCAUGCCAAAGCGCAUGGAAUAAAGUGUGAGAUAAAGUGGGGAGGAAGCAGUCAAGAUGGAGCUGGUUCCACCUUAGGAGAAGAAGUGGAAAUGGUCAACUCCUUCCUCUCCCGGACUGCCAUAAAUACCAAGUUCAUGAGUAAAGGAGCCCGCACAGACAUGCUUACUGUCCAGGUCAUGGCCUGGAAUAGAAGAAAGGUGGAGAAUAUGUGUGACACCUUAUGCAAACGACUUCUUAAGACACAGCAGAAUCUUCAGAGGGAGAGGCAAAGCCUUGAGACCCUCAAGAGUGAGAUGUCUCCCAAUGAAGGGACCGUACAUCAGUGGGUCAGAGAUGUCCAGGAGUGGGCUGAACACGAACUCCCUGUGGACUGA